AUGUAUAUAACAAUUGCUAAAUAUUUGGAAAUUUGUAAAGCUAGCAAUCAAAAUAUGAUCGCCAUGUUUAACAGAGAUUUCGGGGAACAGGACCGGUACGAAAAGACGGCCAACGCGAUAGCUACAACGUGGCUUAUAUCUUUCGAACAGAUUACGCGUAACGCACCAUUGGCAACAUUAUACCUUCGAAACAUCGCUAAUUUUACGGAAAAGGAUAUUCCGAUAUCGUUACUGCCUGAUGGGCGAAAAGAUUGGGACAAAGUCGAAACUGUAAAUAUUUUAAAAAGGUAUACGUUUGUACUGGAUCGUGGAACAGUAAAUCGAUUCGACAUAUAUCGGCUUGUGCAUAUUGCGAUACGGAACUGGAUCCAAACGCAGGGCGAUCUAGGUAAGCAAAUAACAAAGGUAAUAUGCCAACUUUCGGAGAAAUUUCCAUGGCCAACGCAUAAAACCCGAGACGUAUGGACUUCUUAUUUACCGCAUACGCAAACGGUAUUGGAAUUCCGGGGUCAUUAUAUAAAAAAGGAAAUAUUGGAACUGCUCCAACAUAAUGUUGCAAAGGUAUAUAAUUUUCCUAGGCAAUACAAGGAGGCAGAGCAAAUGCACCGGAAAACAUUGGCUCUUAGUAAAAAGGUGCUGGGCCCAGAAAACCCGUCGACGCUUAGCAGCAUGAACAACCUGGCAUUAGUGUUUAACAGGCAGGGGAAAUACGAAAAGGCAGAGCAGAUGCACCGGAAAACAUUAGAGCUUAGGGAAAGGGUACUGGGCCCAAAAAACCCGUCGACAUUUACCAAUAUAAACAACCUGGUAUCGCUCUCCAAACUUCUCUGCAUCCGUAAAUUAUUUUCCCGGAUCUAUUAA